AAAGAAAAAUGAAAAAAAGAUAAACCCCAAGAAAGCUCAAAACCCAGUUCCAGCUUAAACCCCUGAAAUCCCAAAAUUCGGUUAAAAAUCUUAUCGUUAAGUUAUAACCGAACUCACACAUUCUCAGAAGCACAACUCUUAACGGCUCAACCAUAUAAACCCCUUUUUUCCUCCUUCACUUUCAACUCUGGAGCACUGCAAAUCUUUCACCAAACAAACGAUACCCAUGUGUUGAAUUAGAAAGAAUGGCAUCUGUUUCUGCAUUUUGGUUCUAUCAAGACAGAGGAUUUCGAGGCGUAGCUUCUGCAGAUGGCUUUGGGAAGCCAUAUUCGAAUUAUUUGAAGUCAUCAUUUAUAGGUUCAUUUCCAGCAGGAACAUUGAAAGUUAGACAUUGCUUGAAUAAUUCACAGAGGACUCUUCAACGUCCUUGUAUAAAGUGUGAGCAGAAAGAUGAACCCUACAAAGAAGUAUCUGUUGAGCGUCCACCCUACUAUAGCUACUUGGACUCGACAUCUGGGAAGAUGGAACCAGCCUCUGGUGCUCGUGCAAGUAUUCUAGGGGAGGAGUAUUGGCCAGAAGGCACAGUUAGUCGAGUUAGGGCUGCCAGGGCUCCUGAACCAACUGGUGAAUCAUUAGGAUCUCCAUCUUAUGGAAAAAAUCCUGGCAGUAGGAGAAAAAAGUACAAAACAUCGUUUGCUUCUUCUGAAUCUUCCAGUGUGAUUUUAGAAUCAAGUAAUCCACUGGAACAUGAAAGUUCAGUGGACACAACAGAAGAGCCUAAAGAUUCCUUGUCUGAUUAUGUUGUUUAUGACACUAAACCUGUGCAAGAAGAAACUGGAUUUGAUCUAGACAAAAAACUUGGACGUCCUCAUCCCUUUGUUGAUCCAAAAGUGAAGAAGCCUAUAGAGGAUCCGCUUACUAGCGAAGAACUAUGGUGGAACUGGAGAAAGCCAGAGAAAGAGCAAUGGUCCAGGUGGCAAAGGAGGAGACCUGAUUCUGAGACGGUUUUUCUCAAAGCAAUGGCUGAGACUGGGCAAAUAAAACUUUACGGUGAACAUCCAACAUUAACUGAGACUUCUCUUUAUAGAGCUAGACGCCAUCUUUUCAAGGAAGAAAGGCUUCGAGCUGAACAAGAGAGACUAGACAGAAUAGGUCCAAUAGCAUACUACUCUGAAUGGGUAAAAGCAUGGAAAAGGGACACAUCACUUGAAGCUGUUCAGAAACAUUUCGAAGAGACUGGUGAAGAUGAAAACACCCAACUGAUUGAGAUGUUUUGCCAUCAAACAGAUCGAGAGUAUCGCAUAAUGAUGGGGACUGAUGUGCGUAUUCGUAGGGAUCCUCUAGCAAUGCGAAUGCGGGAGGAUCAAAUAAAGCAAAUAUGGGGAGGAGAUCCUGUCUACCCAACUGUGAACUACAUUCAAGAUCCUGAUGAAGUGAUUGAUUUCAGAGGUCCAGAUUUUCAUGAACCCACGCCCAAUAUGCUGGAUCACCUGAAGGAGCACGGCAAAAUCAUAUCAAGGGAGGAGCUUGAAAAGAUUUUAGCAAAAGAGAAGACUGAAGAUCUCAAGGUAACAGUUAUGGAUGACGCUAUGGCACAAGCUGUUGACAUUGGUGAAGAUGAUGAUGGAGAGGAUAGUGAAGUUGAGGUUGAGGUUGAGGAAGAAGGGGAGGAGAAAAUUACACGCAAUUGGAGUGUCUUGAAAAAUACUCCUGAGCUGCGCAAAACCAAGCACAAACCUAAGGAGGAACCCUUGUCUCUGGAAGAAGCCAUAGAUGAUUCCGAAAACUUGACUGAUUUUCUACUGGACUUUGAAGAAGACAACUGAUUUUCUCAAGUCUCAGAAAUAGAGAGUGACAUUGAAAAGUACUCCAGAGCUUCACAAAUUCAAGCCAAGAGCAAGCUGCAAAGGUUUUCUUCUUUUGGACGACUGAACUCUCAAGGGAAAGGAGAGGGGGAUUGUAAUCAAUGACCUCCAUUAGAAUAUGGGUUCAGCCGGUCAAGUCUGGGCUGUGAUUUGUAUUGUAGUAGCUCAUGUCCUAGAAGUUUGUUAAAAAAUGGUUAAUGUCUUAAUGGUAUGCAUGCAACCAAUUUGGAUGUACAUACUCUUUUUUGCUUAUGGCUUGUACUAGUAUACAGUACUUAUAGUUUAUGUUGGUUGUUUUUGGGGGUUUUAGAAUAGCAUAUAUCUAUGUGUUAGGUUGAUUAGAAGUUUGUUGAGUUCAUAACUAGAGUGAAAUAGAUGAGUACUCUGUCCCCACUUUUAUAUCAUUUCAAUCGUUUAUGAAAUUGAAAUUUGGUUCCAAAUA